AUGGAUGGUAAGGACAACUUCUGGUAUUCGGACUACAUUUCUGAUUUAGACCCUUAUGACCUAUCUCUACUGCAAUGGCACUUGAAUCUGGAUUCCACAUAUGAGCUUCGUCUUCCUUCCCCGAACGAACACCCUUCUUCUCCUCCCGAAGGCUUUGUCACUGUCUUCAGAGAUCAAAUCUUAGGUGGCCUUCGUUUUCCCUUACAUCCCUUCUUCUCCGAGAUAUGUCAGUACUGCGGCAUCGGCCUCUCCCAGUUCGCCCCCAACGUGUUCCAGGCCGUCUGCGGCACCAUCAUCCUGCGAGCCGAGCCGGGAGUAUUCAACGUCCAAGCCAAGCCGGGUUACAAAUUCUUUGAUGACCUGCCUUCUUCUAACAAAGGCUGGAAAUCCCGCUUCUUUUUUCUCAGGCCCUCCGUUCCCUUAGCUGGGCCUUCCCAAUGGUGCUCCAUCCUUUCUUCGGACUUUCCCGUACACAUUCAUGAACCUUCCUGCUCCACAGCCUCGGACAAGCUGAGUGGUGUUGUCGUUCACUUGUCCGUGCUGAUGCUGGAAGGCAUUUUGUACGCCUUUGGUCUCAGCCCCGUUCCGACAGAAAUUGGAGCUCCUUUUGUGGCUGCCCUUCUCCGUUCUUUCGCCAGCCAGGAGAAGCCAACUGUGGUCGUCCUGCAAGCGUUGCACGAAGAGCUAACGCAAGGCCCAUCAACUGCUCCUGCUGCUCCCGCCGAUCUGCAACCUCUGGAGCCUCAAACCUCAGAUGUGGGAGUCCCUUCUACGUAUAUUGAACCGCUUUCCUCUGGCCCUGUAGGCUCGGCCCCACUUCACGCCCCUGCUCCACCUACGACUGAGCCACCCUCAGAAGGACAAGUGCCCCCGCCUCCUCCUACCAUGAAACUUCGCCUCGCACGCAAGGGUAAGAGGGUGGCGCCGGUCACCGCAACAUCUCCUCCGCCUCCUCGCCGUCAACGCGUGGUCAGCAUUUCUUCCCCCUCCAGGUCCUUGGAUGCAAGCUCGGCCGAGGAGCGGGCCUCCGAUCUAGAAACCGCGAACCUAUCAUUGGACCUGGCAGCUCUACUCCAGCGAGAGAAUGCGGCUCUCAAGGCCCGUCUCCGGGAACUAGAGCCUCCUGUGGCCUCCACGACCUCUUCUGAUCCUGCACUGGGAGAUCUGGAUGCCUACCUGCGUGCCGCUGGGGAGUCCGCCAACUCUGCCCGAGCCCUCUCCCAUGCCACCUUCGACAAGCUACAAAAGCUGGAAGCAUCCCUGAAGACGAGUGAGUCUGCACUGGCUUCUGAAAUGGAGCGCCACCGAGCGACCGCAUCUGAACUGAAAAACAAAGAAGCCGAGCUGCUUUCUCGGUCAUAUGAGUUGGCGCUGUUGCGGCAGAGUCGGGAGCUCUUGCAGAUGGGAUUGGCCGAGACUCAGGCUCAGGUUCUCGCUUCUGCUGCUGAGGAGGCCACCAUGCGCGGCCAAUGGGAAACCUGCCGAGCUGCUCUUCAGUCCUUGGAGGCAGAUCUCUCGAAAGCUCGGGAGGCAAUCUCACAAAGCCAGAGCGACUUGUCCGUGGUCCGCGCUGAGGCUGCCUCGAGCAAGAACAGCUUGGUGGUGUAUCAGGCUGGCGAGCCAGAGCGACUGAAGGCCUACAGACUGGCCUAUAUCCGCUCCGCCUUAUUCCUCCGGAAGCUGGCGGGCUGGAUGGUCUUGCUGCUUUGUCACGGGGUCGCUGGCGGGGUUAGGCAAGCGUUUGAGCAAGGUUACCUACACUCGGCACCUCCGGCCACUUUUCUGGAUACAGCUCGCCUGUCCAGGGAAUUGCCGCAGAAUACUUUCCCUUCCUUCGAGGCGGACGACGGGCUCUUCCUUCUGGAGGCUCCACCCCCUGCAGCUGACCAGGCUCCUCCAGAUAUCUCUGCCCAGGGUUUCCCGACUGCUGCUCCAGGAACGCCAGCUGACCCUGCGUCUUCUUCCCUGGGCAUCGUGUAA